AUCAAGCUGGGAUUCAAAGCAAAGAUAUGCGGCAAUGACCGGCCACCCUCCUGCACCACCACCACCUGAUCUCUUGGCCGUUAUUCGACCCCCCGCCUUCCAGAUAAUGACUUGCUCUUCUCCGAUGGCACCCCCUUACCUUCCCUCUCUUCGCUUCAAAGCUUCCAAAUCCACCUCCAUUCGCAACCUUCCUUCUUAUCGCGCUUCUCCCCUGUUUUUCCCUUUCCGGCAUGGCCGCCAUCUCUGAGAGUGACCAUUUAUCAUUCCAAAGAAUGAAGACAGAAAGUGUGAAGCAGAGAAGACGAGAGCUUGAAGAAGAGGUAAGAAAGCUUCAAAAAAUGCUUACUGAUGAGCAAAAAGUGCAUGAAAUUUUGCAACGUGCACAGCUUCCAAAUUGCAUUCCAUCUACCAUCCAUUUUCCUAACUUUCUACCAAAAGAGGCAAAGGAGCUCUUAGCAGAACUUAUCGUGCUUGAAGAAGAGAUAGCUCGGCUAGAAGGUGAAAUAAGUAAAAUUCAACAUAGUAUAAGCAGUACAGAGGAAUCACGGGUUCAAGAUUCAAAAAGGUACAAUCAAUACAUGCAUGAAAGCACAGGUUUGAUUGCAUCUUCCAAUCAUCCAUCAACUUCUCCUACGCAAAUACCAAAGAGUAAUUUGUUUGAGGAGAAGGCGGCAUUUGAAAGGAAACCCAUGUUCAUGUUCUUCAUAAAUCAAGCAAUAAAAGGAGCCUGCUUUAACGAUGGUUUUGCUAGCAAUGGAGGCUCAUUAGAGAUAGCUAGCAAGAUGGAAGGGCAAAAAAUGGCAAACAAUCGAGAGAGAAUUCCAAGGAAAAGUGAGAUAAUUGAGCAGCAGCACUCACAAAAGAAGCCCCCAAGGCAUCCAUCUCCUAGAAAGUCAGAUUCUAACGUUGAUAUUUUUCACAAACUGCUACAUGAAACCACUUUGAGUUCGAGCCCAUUGGACAAAAAUGGCCAGAAAUGGCAACCCAACAAGUUAUCAGAGGAAAUUUUGAGAUGUCUUAUAUGCAUUUUCUUGAGGCUGAUGAGAACAUCACGUCCAAUGGAGCUUGAAAAGUUAAACAACAUAUCAAGAUCCAGCAACUUGAUUUCAAGAACAAAGAGCUCUAGAAUGGUCAGCAGCUUAAAUUUAAACUCAAGACCCAACAUACACAGACAGACAGUUCAAAAGGAUCCAUAUGGAAUAUUUCAGGUACAAGGUUCCUUGGUAAGAGAUAUUGGUCCUUACAAGAACCUUGUUAGGUUUGCUUCAAGUUCCCUGGAACUGAAAGGCAUUUUUAAUUGUCUUCCCCUGCUAAACAAACUAAGGAAUCUGAUGAGCAAUUUGCAUGAGGUGAACCUCAAAUCGCUAACUCACCAGCAGAAGUUGGCCUUCUGGAUCAAUAUUCAUAAUAUUUGUCUCAUGCAUGGCUUUCUGGAGCAUGGCUUGCCUUCAAAUCCUGAAAAAAUUCUUGGCUUAAGAAAUAAGGCUGUACUUAACAUAGGCGGCAAUAUGUUAAAUGCCUUAACAAUUGAGAAUUUUAUUCUAAAGCAGCCAUCAAAUACAAAAGAUCUUUCCUUACAGGCUCACUGGAAGAGUGAUAAAGAUGUCAAAGAAGAUGCAAUCAGAAUUAUGUAUGGCUUGGAGCUGGCAGAACCAAAUGUUCAAUUUGCUUUAUGUUUUGGAAACAGAUCUUCUCCAGCUGUGAAGAUUUACACAUCUGAUGGUGUUUCAGCUGAGCUAGAGAAAUCCAAACUUGAAUACUUUCAGGCUUCGAUUGUGGUGACCACCUCUAGAAGGAUAAUGAUCCCAAAGCUUUUAUUUUCAAACAUGUCUGAGGAUUUGGAGUCAUUGCUGGAGUGGAUUUGCAAUCAAUUGCCCACUUCAGGGACUUUGAGGAAAUCUAUUACUGAUUUUAUUAGAGGCCAGAGCAAUGGGAAGAUAUCAGAUAUUGUGGAUAUAUUGCCUUGGGACUUUGAGUUCCAAUACUUGCUGCCUAUCUAAGUUUGUAGAUCUGUUUUUCUUUCUUUUUUUUUUCCUUGCUAUUUUUUUGUUGAGAAAGUGAUAUAGUGUGAUAUAUGAAGCUAUAGGAGAAAUAGAUAGUUGAAGCAUUUUUCUCCCAUAUUUUGGUUGGGGAGGGCAAAUUUUUUUGCGUAUUUGUGGAAUAUUUCAAGUGCAUUGUAAAAGCAAUGAUGUUGGUCUUAACAGAUUCUAUCUUAAGUGCUAACAGUUUGUCAUAUUCA